UUUUUUUUUUUUUUUGGAUAUUUAGAGUACAUGGUUCCCAGUUUGAAUGCUUUGAACAGCAUUUACCUUACACCGUCAACAAGUAACCAGCAACAUACUAUUUAUAGUAAAACCAUGCAAAUAUGAUGGGAAGGCAUAUGAGAUUGAAAGUGCAUUCAGCAGAUCAUUGCAAUGUGACUUUUGAUGUGUAUUUCAUUGUUACCCCUCAUAUUCACGGCACACUUUAGGAGCUCAAUGAAAGCAUCAUUUUUUGCAUGUCAAAACAAUACCAGAAAGUAAAACAAAAUGUGCAGAAAAGUGAAAAGCAAAGGGAAAACGGCAUCACAAGCUCACACUUGAUUGAAACGCAGAAUAAAAGGAGUGUCGCAAAUUAAUUAGUAGUUAUGGCCAUGAAAAAUGUGGUGCAAAAUCAUUGCUGCUAAUAAAAUCUGUUGUAGAGAUAAAAUAAGAUCAAAGAUCUUUUGCAAUACUUCAUUGUUUUGUAAAUAUAUGUGGCAUGGAUUUGACUCUAUAACAUAGUGGCUGAAUGUUACCAGAAAUUCAGUGAUCAGAAAUACAAAUCUUUAGUAUAAGCUACAUUGAAAUGGAUGAUAUGUUUAUAUUUUUAAAUGAAUGACGUGUCUUGCAAAAUAACUCCAAUUGGGAUCUUGCCCAUAGGGCAACGAAAUAGUCAGUAACGGCCCUGGCUGUUGGCUACAUUAAUGUGUAACACGGCAUGUCAGUAUGAAGUCACACCGCCAGCAACUUUGUUGCCACAUGUCACCAGCCAUUGUACUGGUUGGUUUAGUGAACAUUCCUAGUUCUCUUAUGCCUAGUAACUGUUAUAGUAUGAGAUCUUAGGUGUUGAUAAUGAGGUUUAUGUUAUUCUGUUUGAAAUCAAAUCAGUUUUAUAUUGCUAAAUAGCCAGCUCUUAUUGAACAUGAGCUCAGGUCACCUUAAGAAAGAUGCAACAUGAUGGAAAAUGCAUUUAUGUAUAUGAUUUACUAUGACCUUGGCUGAUCACAGAUAUUCUUCCAUUGUGUCAUUGAUAUGUGUAUUGAUGUCCAAACACAACAGAUUUGUUUCCAUUAAGUCGUAGACCAUAUUGAUCCCCCAGUACACACACUUACAGACAAAAUAUCAUCAAAUUCCAAUUAUCCAGGUAGGCUACUGUAUAAAAUUGUAAACAUACACACACAUACAUAUACUUACACACAUAUUCAUUUCUUGGAGGCUUUCUUUGAUAUUUUACUGACUGUUUUUAUACGUGGCUAAUUAUCCCCUAAUCCGACCUCAUACCUUUCUUAAGUUUUACAUUUUUAUUAAUACAUUAUGUUUAUUUAUUCAUAUUUUUUGGUCUGGGGACCAUUGGCUGGCACCCACAAUGGAAGUGAUUGUGAUUUGGGGUUUUACUAGAUGCUUGUCCCUGAAAAGCAAGGGCCCUUAUACUAACAGCACAAACACACCGAAACGCUUGAGGAAAAUCUCUCUCAAUAACAGUAAUAUGUUUUUAAAAUAACUAGAGGUACUUUUCCAAUAACAUGUGUUUUAUUGUAGAUGUUUAUCUAACUAGGCCGCAAAACAUAUUCCUAAACGAGUAUUGCCAGUGUUUAUCCAGUGCAGCAGUGGUGUUAUUAGGAAAUCAGUCACACUGUGGAUGUUUCCUCGGUGCGCGCUCUGGUCGGACUGAGAUUGUGCUCGCAGAGUCGGCCGCUCGCGCCGGUAGACACACGCCACCCGCUCCCAGCUCCUGCUGCCACACCCCCUUUCUCACGAGCGCUGAAUGGUACGUCCCGGUGAUGCCGAACGUGUCAGACAGUAAGAAAUCCGUGAAGACUUGAAUUUGAAUCCUAACCGUUCAGAAUACGACGCUCCCUCCGCGUGCGAGUGUGCUUGUAUAUGAGCUGCCGCAUCCCCUUUCACUCAGCAUCCGCUCUCGCGCGUUUCCCGGUAACCGAGCACCGUGCUUCUGCCGUCUCACCGGAGUCACCGCGUCUCCGACAGAGGCGCUCUGCUUUCUGAAGGAUAAACGCCAGGAUUCGGUGCCGGACCCUUUUCCCACAUAUCUACAAGCGAUUAAAUGAUCUAUCCGGGGAUUUUACACUGAAUCAUGCUUAGCGUUGACGAAGAGACCGACGUCCGGUGAUUGAAGGGGAAUGUGGCACAAAUGGAGCUGCGUGUCUCUCUGACCAGAAAUGAAAUGUGCAUUGAGUGAGUUUAUGAGAUUUCUGAGUGUGUGAUAUUGUGAAGAGAACAGAGAUGGACGAGAAGCUGUACCAAUCUCUGGCGCGGCCCCACCCCGGCCUGGAGCUCAGUUACUCCAGCUCAUCUGAUGAAGAGGAUGGUACCAACCUUCAUCACAAACACUACAGAGAGGCGCACACCCGCCCGGAUUACGAGCCUGACCGCAGAUUUACCUACAACAGCCACAAAGUCCGCAGGAAACCCUUGGAGCAGCCCCAGAAAGAUUUCUCGGACCCCUCCAAGACUGCGUUCCCUGAUUUCCAGACAGAGCUUCACGCAGCCAAUCAGGAGCUUGCGUACCCUGGAGGCGUGUCUGCAAGUGUCCCCUCUGAUCCUGAAUCCGAGGGUGGCGCCUCUCCUGACCACGCCCUGCGGUUGUGGAUGCAGGAAGUGAAGUCAGAGCACAGUUCCUGCCUGUCAAGUCGAGCGAACUCCGUUCUGUCCCUUACUGAUACGGAACAAGAGCGCAAGUCUGAGCCAGAGAACGAUCUCCCUUCCAGCCCUGUGGCUCAGUUCACCUUUCGACCCCUGCCCCCUCCUCCUCCACCGCCCCACGCGUGCACCUGUGCCCGUCCAGCACCGGCUCCCCUUCCAGAGGUGGUGCAGAGGAGCACGUUGCCCGCCCGAUGCCAACCGCUGGAAUCCGGGAACAAAGCUGGACAAGAUGACAACGGGCAGACGCACAAUACCUGGGCGCUGAACAGCAACAUACCACUAGAGACCAGGCACUUCUUGUUCAAGCAUGGUUCGGGUUCGUCUGCCAUUUUCAAUGCGGCCAGUCAGAAUUACCCUCUGACAUCCAGCACGGUGUAUUCGCCACCUCCGAGGCCUCUACCCAGAACCACCCUCUCCAGACCGCUCUUCUCAUUCAGUAAACCCUAUCGCUGCUGUAACUGGAAAUGUACGGCUUUGAGCGCCAGCGCAAUUACGCUGACUCUUGCUCUACUGCUGACGUACAUCAUCGUUGUUCAUCUGCUGGGGUUGCCGUGGCAUCUGAAGCGAGUGGAAGGAGAGCUCUAUGAGAACGGUAUGAGUAAAGAUGAUCAGCCUCUGCCGGGAGCCGAUUUCACCUUCACUCCUGUUCACCUGCCAGGACUCAACACCACACAGCCAGAUAAAGAGGUGAUUCAGCGAGGCAGGGUGAUAGAGAGGGGAGAGGUGGCUGUCGGGACACAGCUGGUCCAAGCAAUUCCUCCUGGACUCUUCUGGAGGUUUCACAUUACGGUUCACCACCCCGAGUAUGUCAAGUUCAACAUCUCACUCACGCGGGAUGCUCUGCUGGGUAUCUACGGCAGGAGGAAUAUACCACCUACUCACACGCAGUUCUGUAGGAUGUAUGUUUUGGCAAGUAUUGGACAUAUAAAUAGGAGCUUGUUUUCUUCGGGGUGUAUGCCAAGGCUGUCAGCAUCACCUAGAAGACAGGGUAGAGUGCAGGGGGCUGCUGAGACACAAAGCACCAAGUUAUAUAUCGCCAAGUUGUGGACGUUUGACUUUGUGAAGUUGCUGGAUGGGAGACAGCUGAUAAAGCAGGAUUCCCGGAAUGUCAAAACUCCGAACCCUCCUCCACGGAGUCUGCUGGUGUCUGCCCUACAGGAGACAGGUUUUGUGGAAUACCUUGAUGUAGGCACCUGGUACCUGGCUUUCUAUAAUGAUGGUCGCAAAAUGGAACAGGUGGUAGUGUACAGCACACCCAUAGAAACAAUAGACGGUUGCUCCACUAACUGUAACGGUAACGGAGAGUGUGUCGCCGGACACUGUCACUGUUUUACUGGUUUCCUGGGGCCAGACUGUUCAAAGGACUCUUGCCCAGUGCUGUGUAGUGGUAAUGGCGAUUAUGAGAAAGGUGUGUGUGUGUGUCACACUGGAUGGAAGGGGGCGGAGUGUGAGGUGGAGGAAGGCCAGUGUAUUGAUCCCACCUGUUCCAACAAUGGAGAAUGUGUCAACGGAAUCUGUGUGUGUGCUCCUGCAUUCAAGGGCGAUAACUGUGAGCAAGUGGAUUGCGUGGAUCCCUUGUGCUCCGGUCGUGGUGUGUGUGUGCGCGGUGAGUGUGUGUGUUCCGCAGGCUGGGGAGGUGAGAGCUGUGAGACGGCACUUCCUGCCUGUAAAGAACAAUGUUCAGGUCAUGGAACGUACCAAGCCCAGACAGGGGUGUGUGUGUGUGAACAGGGCUGGAGUGGCGACGACUGCUCCAUAGAGGUUUGCCCUGUUCCCUGCAGCACCCAUAGUGUAUGUGUCGCUGGACGCUGCCAAUGUGAAGAGGGGUGGGAAGGGACCUCUUGUGACAAACAGGCAUGCCAUCCAAUCUGUGAAGAGCAUGGAGAGUGCAGGGAUGGACAGUGUGUCUGUCAGCCUGGUUGGGAGGGAGAGCACUGCACUAUUGCAGCACAUUACCUGGAUCUGUUUGAUAAAGAUGCAUGUCCUGGGUUGUGUAACGGUAAUGGGCGGUGUACGCUGGAGCAGAGUGGUUGGCAUUGUGUGUGCCAGUCGGGAUGGAGUGGUCCGGGCUGUAAUGUUGUCAUGGAAACCGAGUGCAAUGACAGUAAAGAUAAUGACAGCGAUGGUCUCAUGGACUGUGUCGACCCAGACUGUUGUAGUCAGCAGGUGUGUGUGAGUGCCCCGCUGUGCCAAGGCUCGCCUGACCCACGUGACAUCAUUCAGCAGAGCCACGCCCUUUUCGAGACACGCCCUUCACGUCAGUUCUUCGACCGUGUGCGAUUUCUCAUUGGACGGGACAGCACACACAUACUGCCAGGAGACCUGCCAUUUGACAGCAGUCGAGUGUGUGUAAUUCGAGGUCAGGUUUUGGCCUCUGAUGGAACUCCUCUCGUUGGCGUGAAUGUCACGUUUCAGCAUAACCCUGAAUACGGAUACACACUCAGCCGACAAGAUGGCAGCUUUGAUCUUCUGGCAGUGGGCGGAAUCUCUGUUACUCUAUUUUUCCAGCGAGCCCCAUUUUUGUCCCAGAUUCGUUCUGUCUGGCUUCCUUGGAACCAGUUCAUGGUCCUGGACCGAGUUUUUAUGGAAAGAGCUGAAUCCAAACUACCUGUCUGCGACCUGAAAAACCUGAUCAGUCCACACGCCAUUGUUCUCUCUGCCCCCCUCCCACGAUUCGCCGCUGACUGUGAGGACAGAGGAACUGUUGUACCUGAGCUACAGGCAGUCCAAGAGGAGGUGGUUAUCCCUGCUACAAUUCUGAAGUUAAGCUACCUCUCUACCAGAGCUCCAGGCUAUCGGUCUCUCCUGAGGGUGGUUCUGACCCACUCCACCCUCCCGCUGGGCUUGGCUAAAGUCCAUCUGUCUGUGGCUGUCCAGGGUCGGCAGCUUCUGAAAUCAUUUCCUGCAGCUCCAAACCUCAUAUAUGUUUUCUCCUGGAAUAAAACAGACAUCUAUGGACAGCAGGUCACAGGGCUGGUGCAGGCACACGUCUCUGUUGGAUACGAGUAUGAAUCGUGUCUGGACGUUGUGCUCUGGGAGAAGAGAGUUGCUCAGCUGCAGGGCUUUGAGCUGAUGCCAUCCAACCUGGGCGGAUGGACACUGAACCAACACCACGUCCUCAACCUGGAGAGUGGUAUCCUUCAUAAAGGUAAUGGAGAGAAUGUCUUUAUUUCUCAGCAGCCUCUGGUCAUUUCCACAGUGAUGGGGACAGGGGCGGUCCGUGCCAUCCCAUGCCCAAACUGCAACGGUCCAGCCGUGGAGCAGAAACUGUUUGCCCCUAUCGCUCUGGCCUGCGGUUCGGAUGGAAGUGUGUAUGUAGGUGAUUUUAACUACAUCCGCAGGAUUCUGCCCAACGGAUUCGCCAUCAGCAUCUUGGAGCUCAGAAAUCGUGACAUUAGACACAGCUCUAGUCCGGCUCAUAAGUACUACUUGUCUAUGGAUCCUGUGCGCGAGUCGCUCUACCUGUCGGACACCAGCAGCGGGAAGCUGUACCGCCUGAAGACUCUGACUGAACCGAAAGAUCUCAGCAGGAACGUGGAGGUGGUGGCUGGCAGCGGGGAGCAGUGCACACCCUUCCACCCCAACCAGUGCGGCGAUGGAGGCAAGGCCAUUGAAGCAGCACUCAGUAACCCCAGGGGUAUCGCAGUGGACAAACACGGAUUCAUUUAUUUUGUUGACGGAUCAACGAUCCGUAAGAUUGAUGACAAAGGAGUGAUAACAACUGUCAUUGGGUCAAACGGACUCACUUCCUCCCAGCCAAUCAGCUGCGACUCUCGAAUGGACAUCAGCCAGGUGCGUUUAGAGUGGCCCACAGACCUGGCAGUGAGUCCGCUGGAUAACUCUCUCUACGUUCUCGAUAAUAACCUUGUGCUCCAGGUGAGCGAGUCCCAGCAGGUGCGAGUGGUUGCUGGACGACCCAUCCAUUGCCCCAUGGCCAGUAUUGAACCGGUGCUUCUGGGGAAAACAGCAGUGCGGUCUGUGCUGGAGGGAGCGAAAGCAAUUGCCGUCAGCCACCAAGGGGCUCUGUUCAUCGCUGAAACUGACGACCGGAAGCACAGCCGUGUACAAGAGGUGUCCACAAACGGAGAAAUGGUUGUAAUCGCGGGGGCAACCAGUGAAUGUGAUUGUAAGAUUGACCCCAACUGCGAGUGUUUCUCAGGUGACGGAGGUUAUGCUCGUGACGCCAAGCUGAAGUCUCCCUCAUCUCUGGCAGUUUCUCCUAAUGGCUCCCUCUACAUCGCUGACCUCGGGAACGUGCGUAUACGUCGGCUCUCCGCUAACCAUCCACAGCUCACUCCCGAGGGGCUGUACGAGCUCACCUCGGUGGCAGAUCAAGAGCUUUACCUGUUCAGUCCAAAUGGUACUCACCUGUUCACCCGCAGCCUGGUAACCGGGGACUACUUACUUAACUUCACAUAUACUCCCGAGGGCCAUCUGAGCAGCAUAGCAAACAGGGAGGGCACGAUAGCGCAGUUGCGGCGGGAUGCUAAUGGCGUGCCCCUGUGGCUCGUAGCCCCGGGAGGCCAGGUUUACUGGCUGACUAUCAGCAAUGCCGGAAUGCUGAAGCGCAUCUCGGCUCUCGCGCAUGACCUCGCACAGCUCAGUUACUACGGCAACACAGGGCUGCUCGCUACCAUCAGCAAUGAGAACGGCUGGACUACUGUCUACGAGUAUAACUCUGACGGACACCUCAUCAACGUGACCUUGCCGACUGGAGAGGUCAGUAGUUUCCAUGGAAACAUGGAGAAAGCUGUCAGAGUGGAAGCCACUGCCUCGAACAGAGAAAACUUUAUUAUAAUUACAAACCACUCUGCAGAUAAUACCAUCUACACACUUCGACAAGCUCACUCUGUUAGUGUGUACGGUGUUCGAGAUGAUGGCUCUCUGUGGGUGACAUAUGCCAGCGGGAUGGACGUUACUCUCAGUACUGAACCAACCGUGUCAUCGGGGCUGUUGCCAGGGGCAUCGGCUGGCCUCGUCCAUCCCACAGUCGGACGGUGCAACAUCACAUUGCCAGGGGAACCAGCUCACAGCCUGAUAGAGUGGAGACAAAGACGUGAACAGGCCAAAGGGAAUUACACAGCAUAUGAACGGAGACUGAGGGCUCACAACAGGAACGUGUUGUCUAUAGACUAUAGUCAAGAGAGUCGGGUUGGGAAGAUCUACGAUGACCAUCGCAAGUUUACUCUGCGCGUUCAGUACGAUGACAAGGGCAGGCCUGUGCUCUGGACCCCCAGUAAAUACAAUCAAGUGCGAGUAUCGUACUCGAGCGAAGGUCUGGUCACCAGCAUACAGAGAGGCAACUGGACCGAGCGCAGGGACUACGAUAACGGGCGCAUCAUCACACGGACCUGGGCCAAUGGGAAGAUCUGGAGCUACACUUUUCUGGAGAAGUCUGUCCAGCUGUUGUUACACAGUCAGCGGCGCUAUACAUUUGAGUAUGAUCAGACAGACUGUCUGCUGUCAGUCACCCUCCCCAGCAUGGUGAGACACAGCCUGCAGACCUCUCUAUCUGUGGGCUACUACCGAAACACCUACACCCCACCCGACUCACCCACCUCCUGCUUCACGCAAGACUACGCCCAUGAUGGGCGCCUGCUCCAGAGCCUGUACCUGGGCACAGGCAGGCAUGUUAUCUACAAAUACAGCCGAGUGGCCCGGCUGGCUGAGAUCCUCUAUGAUUCAACACUUGUUACCUUCACCUACGACGAGGCAACAGGUGCUGUUAAAACCAUCCACUUGAUGCAUGAAGGAUUCGUUUGCACCAUCCGCUACAGACAGACAGGUCCUCUGGUGAGUAGACAAAUAUAUCGUUUCAGUGAAGAAGGAUUGGUUAAUGCUCGCUUCGACUACAGCUACAACAACUUCAGGGUCACCAGCAUGCAAGCUAUGAUCAACGAAACGCCACUUCCAAUUGACCUUUACCGCUACGUGGACGUGUCGGGACGAAUUGAGCAGUUCGGGAAGUUCAGCGUUAUCAACUACGACCUGAACCAAGUCAUCACCACGCAUGCCAUGAAGCACACUAAAAUCUUCAACCCAAACGGGCAAGUGAUCGAGGUUCAGUACGAGAUUCUAAAAUCCAUCGCCUACUGGAUGACACUGCAGUACGACAGUAUGGGACGUGUCACAAAUUGCGAUAUUCGCAUUGGUGUGGACAGCAACAUCACGCGGUAUGCGUACGAGUAUGACGCAGAUGGGCAGUUGCAGACAGUCGCCAUAAAUGACCGCCCACAGUGGCGUUACAGCUACGACCUAAACGGAAACAUCAACUUACUGAGUCACGGUAACAGUGCCCGUUUGACACCGCUACGCUACGAUCUCCGUGACCGGAUCACGCGUCUUGGAGAGAUCCAGUACCGCACCGAUGAGGACGGGUUCUUGCGUCUCCGUGGUAAUCUUCUCUUUGAUUACGGUUCGAAUGGACUGCUUUUGGGCGCCUAUGACCGGGACAGCGGACAGAGGGUAUGGUACCGUUACGAUGGGCUUGGGAGGAGAGUGGCCAGCCGCUGUAGUGAUGGAGCACAGCUGCAGUUCUUCUACGCUGAUCUGACGGAACCGACGCGGGUGACGCACCUGUACAACCACAGUAGUGCGGAGAUCACCUCCCUCUAUUAUGACCUUCAAGGACACCUCAUCGCCAUGGAGAUGAGCAGCGGGGAGGAAUUCUAUAUAGCAUGUGACAAUGCUGGAACUCCUCUUGCGGUUUUCAGUAGCCGUGGCCACGUGGUGAAGGAAGUUCGGUACACACCGUACGGAGACAUUUACAGAGAUUCCAACCCCACCUUUCCUCUUGUCUUCGGUUUUCAGGGUGGCCUCUAUGACUCUUUCACACGGUUGGUGCAUCUCGGUCGGCGCGACUAUGACGUUGUAGCUGGAAGAUGGACAACGCCAAAUCACGAAUUGUGGGCGGAGCUGAGUGUCAAUCCCAAGCCAUUUAAUUUGUAUGCAUUUAGGAACAAUUAUCCUCUGGGAAACUUACAGGAUGUAACCAGGUUCACAACAGAUAUCAGUAGCUGGCUGCAGCUCUUUGGGUUCCAGCUUCAUAAUGUGGUUCCAGGGUUCUCCAAACCAAAGGUGGAGAACACAGAGCAAACAUAUGAGAUGAUGGCCACACAGAUCCGCACACAAACUUGGGACACAAGCAAGAUCGUACUCGGCAUCCAGUGUGACCUUCAAAAGCACUUGAAAAACUUUAUUUCGUUGGAUCGCCUCCCCAUGACACCAGCCAAUGGGAAAAUCGGAGGUCGACAGGGCCGCAGGCCGAUUUUCUCAGCCGUUUCUUCAAUUUUCGGCAAAGGUGUGAAAUUCGCUGUCCGUGAUGGAGUGGUGGCGACUGAGAUAAUCGGCGUGGCAAGCGAGGACAGCCGUCGCGUGGCAGCUGUACUGAACGGUGCUAUAUACCUGCGAGGCCUCCAUUUCACGGUGGAAGGGCGCGACACACACUAUUUCACCAAGGCCGGCCCACUGGAGGCAGAUUUGGGAGUGGCCGGCGGCGGUGCCGGAGGCGGAGUCAGAGUGUUGGAGAAUGGGGUAAACGUCUCUGUGUCCCAGAUAAGUGCUAUGGUUGGAGGGGAAAUGCGGCGAUUCGCUGACAUUGUGCUCCAGCAGGGGGCCCUUAGCUUUAACAUUCGCUAUGGAGCAUCGCCGGAGGAAGAACGCACACGUGUGCUGGAGGCGGCGCGAAUACGAGCUGUGCAAGGGGCAUGGCUACGGGAGCAGAAGAGGGUCCUGGAGGGUGAGGGCGGAAGUUUGUCAUGGACUGAUAAAGAAAAGGAUGAGCUUAUUGCUGAGGGCCGUGUCUCAGGGUAUGAUGGGUUCUACGCUCUGCCUGUUGAACAACACCCCGAGCUAGCAGACAGCCCCUUCAACAUUCAUCUGAUCAGACAUGUGGAAACUGGUCGCAGGUAACAGCGGCACUUCAGCACACCUCUACACGCCAACACACCCCUUUAUACACUCCAAGCUACCACAUAUCUCUUCAGCUUUUUUUAGAACUCCAACCAAACGAAGUGAGAAAGACUCUAUUGCCUUUAAAAUGUGACAAAUGAUGGUAUUGAUUUUGGUUUUGCAUUCGUUGAUGCACUCUUAGCAAGUUCAGAUUCCUGUUUUUCGGUUUUGUUUCUUUCUAGUCUUUCUUGUUUUACAGUGGCUUAACCGUUCUUACUAAAGAACAAGCCUUGCUUGCCAAUCUAAAGGCGCAGAGAACGAUUCACCUGUGACUGUUCUAGACAUACAUUAAGGAGUCUUCAUCUCUACACAUGCUGAUUCUCUCACUUGAGUGUGUACAGUAAUCAUCCAACUUUAUGGGAAUGUCAAGUCAAAACUGGUUAUGGCAUUAAAUCUUGCAAACCUGAGGGGUUUCCUUGUGAUUACGUUGAGUGCUGGUAAAAGUUUCAGAAUUUUCAGUCGAUUUGCAUUCCAGGAUUUGCAUAGAAGGCUUUCAGGGCCUUCGCAGUUAAAAUGACACCCGACGUCAUUUGAACCCAACGUUUUAACAGCGCUCUGGAACCGUCAAAUUCACAACUGUGUUCUAGAGUCCCGGAGAAGUAUCGGACUCAAAAGUGUCACAAAACUUAACCCCUGGGCUGCAAGAGAUUCACAGUGUUUGGAGUCUUGGCAAGAGCUCACCACCAUCUUGUGUUGUUUCUGCUUAAUCGGUGUUGACGAAGCUGAGAGAAUUACGCCGCUGCUGUGGAAGACAAAUCUGUUCCUUUUUGCUAAAACUGUACAGUUUGCUCUUUUUUUUUUUUUUUUUUCCCAAUGUAGAAAUUAAAAAAAAAAUAAAAAAUAUGUAUGUGGAAAUUGUGCCUUCCUGGUCUGCUAGAAACGAUCACCUGAAACGGGCUUAGACAUAUCGUACAUAAACAACUUCAGUAUUCAUCACAUGCCUUAGUUAUAUGCAAUUAUUUAUUUUUUGAUUAUUUUAUUUUUGUUUUUUAUUUAUUUAUGUUUUUGGUGGGGAGGGGUUUGGCUAGCAGGAGCCAAAAACUUGAAUGCUAAUGCCUGCGAGGCGAAUUCUUGUAAACAUACCCCAGGAUAUAAACACAGUGGCAUAAACAUGUCCAGUUUACACUGAAUAUGCUGCUCUUUUUUUAUUUACUCUCACGUGAUUUCUCUCUUUUUCUGUUGCUUUUGAUGUACACUUAAUGUGAAACUCCCUUCACGUGUCUGUCAUUUCGGUUUCUGAAUGAGUGUCAAAGCUCCAACGUUUUGGAUUUAUCCUUUUCUGAUCCCUCUCGAAACUAGUUGGAGGCCUGAGGAGGAAGAUGUGUAAGGAAAUGAAAGAAUCACCUGCUGAAGAACGGUAUUUUUGUCUUUUCCAAACUAUUAAAGUCUGCAGCACUGUGGGUAGACGUUCUGUGUGUAGGACUCUUGAUAUGGACUUGUAUAUCAUUAAUGGACUAUUGUAGACUGUUUAUAGAUUCUGGACUAUUUAUAAAUGACACUCAAGAGAAUUAGGAGUAAAUGUAUUUUCUUGUGAAUUCUGUGGAUAUGCUGUACCAUCAAGCUUUGUAAUCUUAAUCUGAGAUAUAUAUUUGCACUGAAUAUAAGGUGAAGAGAUAAAUGCAUUAGACUGAAUUUUUAGAGCGUGCAAAUAUUUAACAGAUUUGUGCAAGAGUUGCUCUGAAGGCACGUUAUGUUUCCGACACUUUGCAGAUGUUCAUUUCAAUUGAAGUACGAUUACGUUGCACGAAGAAAAAAAUUGUGGCGAAAAUAUUUUCCUUUUUAUCUUAGUUUGCAUCUUUGUCAUUAUCACAAUCAUUGCUGAAGUGAAAAAAAAAGGAAUAUGUAAUUUUUUUCAUGAUCAAAUCAUUUUCCUCUCUCAAAAGUCAAGUACUAAAAAAACUUCAGUGUCCUCUCUUUGGCCAAACAAGUUCCUGUGGUGUAUAUUUGGCUGAUAGGCUUUAUGUACACAGAUUAAUGCAGUUUGUUAAACGAGCCUCAUUUAAAAACAAAGUACUUUGGGCAGUGGCCUUUUUAUAAAUAAAAAUGCAAAUUUAACCCUU